AAAAAUUUAAUCCUUUGACAGCCCUAAAAAAAAAACUAAAAACAGUUGAAAAGAAUGAAAAACGGGUGCUUUUGAAUAGCUGCAUGUCCACUGUCCCUGAGAAAAAUAAUCUCCAGUUGUGGACUAAUUUUCCAAUCUUGGCGCAUAGCUCCACCCCCUUCUAUGUAUAGCUCCUCCCACAUUCAUAUACAUGCAGAGUGGGAAGUGAGAGAGGGAGAGAGAAAAACAGGCAGUCAUCAACAGAUUGAAAUCAGUAGCAGAGUGACUGCAGUCAGAAGAAAAAUAAAGGAAAACUAACUAGGCAAUUUCAGUUUGGAAGACUUGGGUAGUAGUUGAGCAAGAGGAGCUGGCAACACCUUCAGUCAACAGUUGAUCUCUCCUGUCAGUCCGUUAGAUUGGUCAACCCGCAAGGGCUGCAAGAAUGAAAUGAAGACGGACGACGGCGGAGGUUAUUUUGGCUGAUGGAAGAAAGGUCGCAGUGAGGUGAGGCGCCCGCCCGCCGCCGGCCUCGGACAGCAUGUGGUGGCGGUGGCGGAAGAAGCUGCUGCUGUGUGCGGGCCUGCUGCUGUGGGUGCUCUUGCAUCGCGACGGCCACCACGCCAAGUCCUUCUUGUACCGCCUCCUAGUUAACCGCUUCGACGACGUAGUGGAGGGCCUGACGGUGCCGCGGGAGCGGGCCCGCGCGUUCACCGACUUCCGCCCCCUGCUGGAUCACCCGGACAAAUGCGCCGGGCCGGACGUCUUCCUCCUGCUCUUCGUCAAAUCGCCGCCGCGGAACGCGGACCGACGGAGGGCCAUCCGAUCCACUUGGGGCAACGAGCGCUUCUUCUCCGAGGCGCUGGGCGUGACGGUCAAGGUGGUUUUCGCCUUGGGAGCGCCCGACUGCGACGCCGACGUGGUCCAGAGGCGGCUCCUGGCGGAGGACCGUCGCUACGGCGAUUUGAUCCAGCGGGACUUUUCCGACUCCUUCCUCAACUUGACCCUGAAGCUGAUCAUGCAGUUCCAGUGGGCGCGUAGACGCUGCCCUCGCGCCCGUUUCUUGAUGCUGGCCGACGACGACGUCUUCGUACACGCCCCCAACUUGGUGGCGUACUUGCGGGAGGCCCAGGGACGGGGGGGCGCCGCCGACCUCUGGGUGGGCCACGUCAUCAGGGCGGCGCCACCCAUUCGCAGGGAGGACAGUAAGUACUACGUGCCGCCCGAGUUGUACCGCUGGGACACGUACCCGGACUACACGGCCGGGAUGGGCUACUUGGUUUCCGGGGACGUGGCCGAGAAGAUCUACCGCGCCAGCGUGACGCUGGACGCCUCCUUUUACGUGGACGACGUCUUCAUGGGCAUCUGCGCCAAGGCGGCGGGCGUGUCGCCGCGGGGGCAUCCUUAUUUCUCCGGCGGCUCCAAGGCCAUCGAUCACCCGUGCGUCUAUAACCGGAUGAUCACCUCUCACGGCCACGUCGGUGACCUCCGACGGCUAUGGGAGGCGGCCACCGACGUGCGCGUGCGAGAGGCCGCGUCCGGGCUCCUGGACAGGUUCUAUUGCGCCGCCGUCAGGAUCUUUCUGUUUUGCGGCUACCCCGCCCACAGCUACCCUUGCACCGCCGCGUUCUUUUGAGGCAGGCCUUGUCCACCAUCGACCUUCCGUUGUUCGCGGAUGGAUCGCUUCAAACGAAUCCAACGUCAAAUCCAGCCCAGGAUUUUAUUUUAAGGCAUUCGUGGGCCACUGUUGAUUUUGGUGCAUUUCCCGUUUCAGUUGGGACAUUCCCUUUUGAUUCCAGGGCUUUUCUGGGUCACUUUCCGUUUUUGGGCCAAUAGCGUACAGCACGUACGUUAGCAACUGUUGCGGGGGGGGGUCAAGCUUGCGUUUGUCCCUCAUGCUAGAUGCACGUAAAUAGUGUACAAACGAGAUGUUUACUGAGCUAAACCUACCAAUUCUGUCCAAAUGAUGAAUUGUCCCGUCUCAUCAGACCAUAGUAAUCCAUGUGCUUUGUUGACAUGUCUUCAGCAAACUGUUUGCGGGCUUUCUUGUGUACCGUCUUCAGAACAGGCUUCCUCCUGGGGUGACAGCCAUGCACACCAAUGUGAUGUAUGGUCUGAGCACUAACAGGCUGACCCGCCACCUCUUCAAUCUCUGCAGCAAUGCUGUCCGCACGCCUGUAACAAGUCACAUGACAUUUUGGAGGGAAAAUGACAAGCAGUACUCCAUUUGGACAUUUAGGGAUGUACGUUUUUUCAAAGGAGUGUACUCACUUUUGUUGCCAGGGGUUUGGAUAUUAAUGGCUAUAUUUUGAGUU